AUGUCAUUCAGAAAUAAUAAUAUUAAAAUUAAUAAUUAUGAAGAAAAUCGUCGUCGACGCCAAAGACGACGAAUUACAAUGCAAAAGAAAGACUAUGAAGAGUUGGAAAGAAAAGAAACUGACUCUCAUAGAUCUUCUGGCUUCGAAACGAUCGGGGAUCGUGUUCGACAACGUAGAGAAGCCAGUGAAAAUCGUUUAAUUAACGAUUUUCUUCGAGAGAGGGAGACUGGACGUCUUGACUUAGAAAAAUAUCGUCAAAGACGUGAAGAAGCUAUUGCCUCUCUUGAAAGAAAAAGAAGAAAUACCCGCACUAUUGGAGAGUACGGAACUACUUCUAUUAUUGGUGGUACUGCUGAUAAUAGAGUAGUUAGCGGAGCUAGUGCUGGUACUACUUCUUUAAUAGAAGAUCCCCAAUUAGACCCCUCUUUUGUCCCUCCUCAAAAUGCCCCCUCUGACCCCUCUCAAGAAACCCCUUAUGCCCCACCUAUUAUAGCCCAACCAGCGGAUGAUACAUUAUCUGAUGCAGAGGUUCAAGCUAUUCUAGAGGAAAUACUCAAUGAAGAGGAAUAUGUUACAUUAGAUUUCCUCACUCUAGAUAGAAUAGAACCUACAGAAAAUGAAUUGCAUCUAAUCCGUCUGGCAAGAGAAAAUAAUACUGAUGAAGAAAUAGAAUUCAGUAUUAUUAGAAGAAGAGAUUUUGGGCUAGAAUAUACUGCGCAGGUAUGGGGUGGUAUGCUAGGGGAAACCUAUAGAAUAAGUCAAUUAAUUAAACAACAUGACUUAAUCCCCCUAGUUGAGUUUGUAUUUGGUGGUCGACAACGACGAUUUAUUAUUAAUUUAGAAAAUGUCGAACCACAAGAAUUCAUUAAUAGAUGUGUGGGGUUUAAUGUUGGUAUAGAAGAAUUUUGGAGGAGAUAUGAUGAUGAAGAAAGUGAAUUAAAUAUUCCACCAGGAAAAAUAGUAAAAGAAAUCAUCAUAUCAAUAGUUAAACCUCCACAAAGAGAAAGAAUUGAAGGAGCAUUGUUUAAUUACUUCUUAACAGAACAUUGGGCUCCAUUGAAAAACAUUUUAAGAAGAUAUCAAAUAUAUCUUAAAGAAGAAAUUACCAAUGUUGAAAAUUGUUUUAUCAAUUCCCUUCAUGAAAGUGGACUUUUAACAAAGAAUGAAUUAGCUCAAAUUAAAACAAAGCUAAAAGGAAAUUCAAUCACAAAGAAAACAAUUGAUAUUAUAGCAAAGGAAUAUAAAUUAAAUAUUAUUCUUCGAUAUUAUAACAAAAGUAAGAGUGUUAUAAAUAAUAUUAAUUAUGGAGAAAGAACAAUAAAUCUGUUUUUAAUACGGUGGAAGAAUAACUUUCAUUAUGUGAUUGAUGAAAAAGUCCCAAUUACAUCAUAUUUUAUAAAACAUUAUGAUGAAAUAAUAAAUUAUUGUAAUGAAAAAGGGAAAGAUUUAGAGAAAUAUUUUAAUGUUGUUAAAAAGGAGAAAAAUGAAUAUAAACACUCAUUAACAAAAUUUAUUACAAUAAAUAAAUGUUUAGAAUUAUUAAAAGAACAAGGGGCAAUUGAAGAAAUAACAAGAGAUUAUAUGAUAAAGAAAAAAUAUUAUGAUUCUUUUCUGUUUACACCAGAAAAUAUUAAUCUAGUAUUUGAUGAAUCAAAACUAAUUGAAGAACCAAAAAAGAAAGAAGGAGAAAGCACAAUAUUAUUUGCUGAUUUUGAAUGCUUUACAAAUAGUGAUUAUCAUAAACCAUUUUGCAUUAUUGUAAUGGAUGUAAAUGGAAUAUGGAAAAAGUUUUAUGGAAUAAAUUGUGCAUCAAAAUUUAUUGAAUAUAUUCAAACAAUUAAAUCUCCUUUAUGUUACUUCCAUAACUUAGGAUAUGAUGGAAGAUUUUUGGCAAAAUAUGGAAUUAAUAAUAUAAUUGAAAAGGGGAAGAUGAUAUAUAAAAUGACAAUUGAAAUAAAUGGAAAGAAGAUAGUCUUUAAAGAUACACUUGCGUUAAUCCCAACAAGUAUCUCCAAAUUUAAACAAUUCUUUAAACUUGAAGGGGAUUAUGAAAAAGAAAUCUUUCCAUAUAAUUAUUAUAAUGAAGAAACUAUGCAGAUAGGGGUAAUAAAUAAUUGUUGGAAUAAAGAAGUACCUCAUUGGUCUUCAGAUAUGAUUUAUCAAUUUAAAGAAAAUAUUAAUAAAACACAUUGUAAAAUUGAUGAUAAUCAUUUUAAUACAGAAAAAUAUUGUGAAUAUUACUGUCUGAGAGAUGUUAUGGUACUUAGAGAAGGAUUUUUAAAAUAG